AUGAAAUUCGAGGAAAUUUUUAUAUUUUUAAUUUCUUUGUUCAGUGUCACAUGUACAAAAGAAGUCACUCUCGAUUGUAUUUUUUUGGACUUAUCGCAGCAUGAUGGAGAGUAUGAAUGUUAUGGAGCAUCAAAUGGCAUAUUUCGUGAAGGAGAUUCGCUCAUUAUUACAGGAGCACAUGUGGGAUCUUAUAGUGAUGAAGAUGUUCAAAUCUUUGUCCCAAGAUCUAAUCUUAGAUUUGAAGAUAUUCCAGGAGAAAUUCAAAAAAAAUUCCAAAACCUUAAUCAAUUUGAUGUUAAUGAAUGCGACGUGAAGAAUAUAACAAAUAAUUCAUUUAAAAAGUGUAACAAUCUAAGACGGAUAUUCCUGCACAAAAAUAAAUUGGAGGAAAUACCAGCAAAUUCAUUCGUAUACUGCAAGAUGCUGACUAGACUUGAUCUUGAUGAUAAUGCGAUAUCAAAAGUAAAUGAUGAAGCUUUUAGUGGACUUGAAAGUUUACAGGAAUUGGAUUUAUCAAAUAAUAAAAUUAGUGGAAUAACAAGAAACAUUUUUAAGCCUUUGGAAAGUUUAACUAAAUUGAAAUUGUCUGGAAAUGCCAUAAGAAUUAUUCAAUCAGAAGCAUUUAGAAGCUUGCAAAGUUUAAAGGAAUUGAUUCUCUCAAAUAAUAAAAUCAGUUUCUUAAAUCAAGAUUUAUUUAUCUCUUGUCAUGCCUUGGAAGUGUUAAUGUUAAACAACAAUCAAUUUUCACCUUUCCAAUCAGGAUUUUUGGAACCACUUAAGAACUUAAGAACUUUAGAUAUCAGUUUUAAUCGAUUAAAUCGUUUAAUUUCUAAAGAUUUUGGAACAUUGACAUCAUUAACUCAAUUUAAAGCAAGAGAUGCUUCAAUCGAUGCCAUUGAAAUUGAUUUGUUCUCUGAAAUGUUGAAUUUAACACAAGUUGACUUACGAAAUAACAUUUGUUCUGAUGCAAUUAUUCAAGAGAACUCUAACGAAUUAAUGGACAAAUUAAACAUCGAUCUUCAGAAAUGUUUUUCCAACUUUGAAAAUUCUUUUUGUGAAUAUUUUUAUGACAAUGAAAAUUUAUAUUCAUGUAAACUUUCUGCAAUUUUCUUAGAGGACCAACAAAACGAGUUUGCAAUAAGCGGAAGUCAUUUCAAUGGUGAUAAUGAUGAAAAUGUGAUGAAAAUUCAAACUUCUAAUUCACGCUUAGAAUUAUUCCCGGCAGUGAUUUCAAGAAAAUUUCCAAAUAUCAAGAAAUUGAAUUUGCGGAAUGUUCAACUUCAUCGUUUGGUACAAAACGAAUUUGAAAAUUUAAAAUAUUUAACUACUUUAGAUUUAAGACUUAAUCAUAUUUCAAACAUAAUUGAUGAUUGGUUUCAAAACUACGUGCCACUUAAACAAUUAAUUUUAAUAAGAAAUGAAAUUGAAGAAAUCGGAGAAAAUUCUUUCUCAGGUCUUGUUGAUUUAAAUUUUCUCGAUUUGUCGUUCAAUAAACUGAUUUCAGUUCCAUAUCAAGCAUUCAAAAACCUUUCAAAUUUGCGUUCUUUAUAUUUGAAUGGAAAUUUCAUCACUGCAUUGACUGAUGAAAAUUUUGAAAGUUUAAUUAAACUCAGAAUCUUGCGACUUGCUGGAAAUGAAAUUGAAACAAUCACUGAAAAAUCAUUUCAAAACCUUCAAAAUUUAAGAGAAAUUCAAAUGCAAGACAACAAAAUUUCAAAUCUUCCAAUAGAACUUUUCUCAUUUUGUGUAAAGUUGGAGUAUGUGAACUUGGAGCAUAAUCAACUGACUCACUUUACACCAAAAUAUUUUACAAAUUCUCUCAACUUAAACUAUUUGGAUUUGUCUUCAAAUAAAAUUCAAAUUAUAAGAGACAGAGAAGAGUUUAUGAAGUUAAAGCAACUUUCAUCUCUUUUCUUAUCAAAUAACGAAUGCUUCGAUGAGAAUUAUGACGAUUUCUAUUAUCAAGAUUUAAUGUUACCCGAAUGUUAA